AUGCUUCCCUCUCAUGUCCUGCCUUGCUUCCCUCUCAUCUUCUGCCUUGCUCCCUCUCAUCCUGCCUGCCUUGCCUUCCCUCUCAUCUCCUGCCUUGCUUCCCUCUCUCUCCUGCCUUGCUUCCCUCUCAUCUCCUGCCUUGCUUCCCUCUCAUCUCCUGCCUUGCUUCCCUCUCAUCUCCUGCCUUGCUUCCCUCUCAUCUCCUGCCUUGCUUCCCUCUCAUCUCCUGCCUUGCUUCCCUCUCAUCUCCUGCCUUGCUUCCCUCUCAUCUCCUGCCUUGCUUCCCUCUCAUCUCCUGCCUUGCUUCCCUCUCAUCUCCUGCCUUGCUCCCCUCUCAUCUCCUGCCUUGCUCCCCUCUCAUCUCCUGCCUUGCUCCCCUCUCAUCUCCUGCCUUGCUCCCCUCUCAUCUCCUGCCUUGCUUCCCUCUCAUCUCCUGCCUUGCUCCCCUCUCAUCUCCUGCCUUGCUUCCCUCUCAUCUCCUGCCUUGCUUCCCUCUCAUCUCCUGCCUUGCUUCCCUCUCAUCUCCUGCCUUGCUUCCCUCUCAUCUCCUGCCUUGCUUCCCUCUCAUCUCCUGCCUUGCUUCCCUCUCAUCUCCUGCCUUGCUUCCCUCUCAUCUCCUGCCUUGCUUCCCUCUCAUCUCCUGCCUUGCUUCCCUCUCAUCUCCUGCCUUGCUUCCCUCUCAUCUCCUGCCUUGCUUCCCUCUCAUCUCCUGCCUUGCUUCCCUCUCAUCUCCUGCCUUGCUUCCCUCUCAUCUCCUGCCUUGCUUCCCUCUCAUCUCCUGCCUUGCUUCCCUCUCAUCUCCUGCCUUGCUUCCCUCUCAUCUCCUGCCUUGCUUCCUCUCUCAACUCCUGCCUUGCUCCCCUCUCAUCUCCUGCCUUGCUUCCCUCUCAUCUCCUGCCUUGCUUCCCUCUCAUCUCCUGCCUUGCUUCCCUCUCAUCUCCUGCCUUGCUUCCCUCUCAUCUCCUGCCUUGCUUCCCUCUCAUCUCCUGCCUUGCUUCCCUCUCAUCUCCUGCCUUGCUUCCCCUCUCAUCUCCUGCCUUGCUUCCCUCUCAUCUCCUGCCUUGCUCCCCUCUCAUCUCCUGCCUUGCUUCCCUCUCAUCUCCUGCCUUGCUCCCUCUCAUCUCCUGCCUUGCUCCCCUCUCAUCUCCUGCCUUGCUUCCCUCUCAUCUCCUGCCUUGCUCCCCUCUCAUCUCCUGCCUUGCUUCCCUCUCAUCUCCUGCCUUGCUUCCCUCUCAUCUCCUGCCUUGCUCCCCUCUCAUCUCCUGCCUUGCUUCCCUCUCAUCUCCUGCCUUGCUCCCCUCUCAUCUCCUGCCUUGCUUCCCUCUCAUCUCCUGCCUUGCUUCCCUCUCAUCUCCUGCCUUGCUUCCCUCUCAUCUCCUGCCUUGCUUCCCUCUCAUCUCCUGCCUUGCUUCCCUCUCAUCUCCUGCCUUGCUUCCCUCUCAUCUCCUGCCUUGCUUCCCUCUCAUCUCCUGCCUUUCCCUCUCAUCUCCUGCCUUGCUUCCCUCUCAUCUCCUGCCUUCCCUCUCAUCUCCUGCCUUGCUUCCCUCUCAUCUCCUGCCUUGCUUCCCUCUCAUCUCCUGCCUUGCUUCCCUCUCAUCUCCUGCCUUGCUUCCCUCUCAUCUCCUGCCUUGCUUCCCUCUCAUCUCCUGCCUUGCUUCCCUCUCAUCUCCUGCCUUGCUUCCCUCUCAUCUCCUGCCUUGCUUCCCUCUCAUCUCCUGCCUUGCUUCCCUCUCAUCUCCUGCCUUGCUUCCCUCUCAUCUCCUGCCUUGCUUCCCUCUCAUCUCCUGCCUUGCUUCCCUCUCAUCUCCUGCCUUGCUUCCCUCUCAUCUCCUGCCUUGCUUCCUCUCAUCUCCUGCCUUGCUUCCCUCUCAUCUCCUGCCUUGCUUCCCUCUCAUCUCCUGCCUUGCUUCCCUCUCAUCUCCUGCCUUGCUUCCCUCUCAUCUCCUGCCUUGCUUCCCUCUCAUCUCCUGCCUUGCUUCCCUCUCAUGCCUUGCCUGCCUUGCUUCCCUCUCAUCUCCUGCCUUGCUUCCCUCUCAUCUCCUGCCUUGCUUCCCUCUCAUCUCCUGCCUUGCUUCCCUCUCAUCUCCUGCCUUGCUCCCCUCUCAUCUCCUGCCUUGCUUCCCUCUCAUCUCCUGCCUUGCUUCCCUCUCAUCUCCUGCCUUGCUUCCCUCUCAUCUCCUGCCUUGCUUCCCUCUCAUCUCCUGCCUUGCUUCCCUCUCAUCUCCUGCCUUGCUCCCUCUCAUCUCCUGCCUUGCUUCCCUCUCAUCUCCUGCCUUGCUUCCCUCUCAUCUCCUGCCUUGCUUCCCUCUCAUCUCCUGCCUUGCUUCCCUCUCAUCUCCUGCCUUGCUUCCCUCUCAUCUCCUGCCUUGCUUCCCUCUCAUCUCCUGCCUUGCUUCCCUCUCAUCUCCUGCCUUGCUUCCCUCUCAUCUCCUGCCUUGCUUCCCUCUCAUCUCCUGCCUUGCUCCCCUCUCAUCUCCUGCCUUGCUCCCCUCUCAUCUCCUGCCUUGCUUCCCUCUCAUCUCCUGCCUUGCUUCCCUCUCAUCUCCUGCCUUGCUUCCCUCUCAUCUCCUGCCUUGCUCCCUCUCAUCUCCUGCCUUGCUUCCCUCUCAUCUCCUGCCUUGCUCCCCUCUCAUCUCCUGCCUUGCUUCCCUCUCAUCUCCUGCCUUGCUUCCCUCUCAUCUCCUGCCUUGCUUCCCUCUCAUCUCCUGCCUUGCUUCCCUCUCAUCUCCUGCCUUGCUUCCCUCUCAUCUCCUGCCUUGCUUCCCUCUCAUCUCCUGCCUUGCUUCCCUCUCAUCUCCUGCCUUGCUUCCCUCUCAUCUCCUGCCUUGCUCCCCUCUCAUCUCCUGCCUUGCUUCCCUCUCAUCUCCUGCCUUGCUCCCCUCUCAUCUCCUGCCUUGCUUCCCUCUCAUCUCCUGCCUUGCUUCCCUCUCAUCUCCUGCCUUGCUUCCCUCUCAUCUCCUGCCUUGCUCCCCUCUCAUCUCCUGCCUUGCUUCCCUCUCAUCUCCUGCCUUGCUUCCCUCUCAUCUCCUGCCUUGCUCCCCUCUCAUCUCCUGCCUUGCUUCCCUCUCAUCUCCUGCCUUGCUUCCCUCUCAUCUCCUGCCUUGCUUCCCUCUCAUCUCCUGCCUUGCUUCCCUCUCAUCUCCUGCCUUGCUCCCCUCUCAUCUCCUGCCUUGCUUCCCUCUCAUCUCCUGCCUUGCUUCCCUCUCAUCUCCUGCCUUGCUUCCCUCUCAUCUCCUGCCUUGCUUCCCUCUCAUCUCCUGCCUUGCUUCCCUCUCAUCUCCUGCCUUGCUUCCCUCUCAUCUCCUGCCUUGCUUCCCUCUCAUCUCCUGCCUUGCUCCCCUCUCAUCUCCUGCCUUGCUUCCCUCUCAUCUCCUGCCUUGCUCCCCUCUCAUCUCCUGCCUUGCUUCCCUCUCAUCUCCUGCCUUGCUUCCCUCUCAUCUCCUGCCUUGCUCCCCUCUCAUCUCCUGCCUUGCUCCCCUCCCUCCUCUUCCUUUCCUUCCUCCUCUCUCCCUAACCCUCCUCCAUUCGCCCCCCUUAAUUCUCCCCCCGCCCUCUCCCCCCCUCCCCCGGCGUGCAGACAUUCAACCGGCCACUCACCUCCAAGCGACGCAUCACGACUU